UCUCGACUUGCCGCCUCUUCAAUUAAGCAAAUCUAAUGGAACCUGUGCUGUUGUGUCCCCCGAAGAUGUGAUUAUCAAGAGAGUUGGCACGAGUCUCCAGUGCAUGUUAAAGCAUGAAUACAGUGAUGUUUACAAUGGGGUAACAUCACCAUACAAGUUGCUGCAAAACAUUGCAAAGGCACAGAUCCUUUCAUCUGCAAGCCUCGUAAAAACGAGAAUGUUUGGGAUUGGUGGCUAGCGGCUGUCCAGAAAGAUGAAAACAUGCAGGUUCUUGAGGUGAUAAAGUCACUUACUCAAUUGGUUCAUUUCACUCAACUCUUGUUCUUGUGUCAGGCUCUUGCGAUCAAGUUAUAUUCUGUGGUACCGGUGUCAAUGGCUGAUGAGAGGACUGUGUCAACCAUAAUGUGGCUCACUAGUCCUACUCGGAGCAGACAAGACAUUGCAACAUUAAAAGAAACCAAUCAAAUUCGCCAGUGGCACCGCUGGAAACCUGAUGUAAGUUACCUUUGCUCAUUCGGACUAUUGAAAGACUGACGUACAUCCAAUUCAGUCAGCGGCAUCAAAAACGGCUCCUUUGGUUAAAUGGCGUGAUAUGCAUGCAACCAUCAUUGGUGAUCAAUAACCUGAGAAGCUAAUGGUCAUUCCACCACCUGCCCGAUCACCUAUGACAAGAGAUGUCGCAAU